CCCGACCCGAGCCUCCAAUUGACCUCAUCUCGAACUUCCAAGCUACCCUUCACCACCACUCGCGCUGUCUAUGUAGGUCCCAACACAUCCAACAAGACCAGCCAGCCUUGGAGGACCUAUAGACCAUGCCUCAAGACCUCCCGCCCACGGGCGGCUACGAAGCCGUUCAAUACAGACGUAACAUCCCCACGCGCGGCCUCAAACCCUUAUGGUACCUCGUCGGCGUCGGACUCGUGAUGGCCUACGGCUGGCGCCAGGUGUUCGUCGGACAGCGCGAGAAACACGAAAUGGCCCGAGAGAAGAUGUGGAGUCGGAUACACCUGACGCCGUUGCUGCAGGCGGAGGAGGACCGGGAUCAGGUCAGGAGAUACUAUGCCGAUUUGGCCAGGGAGAAGGAGUUGCUCGGGAGCCAGAGCGGGGCGUAUAACAGUGAUCGGUUCGUGAGACCGACAUUUACAGCUACACCGAGCAGAACGGUGGAAUGAGGGGCGGCACACACACACCUCUCAUCGUUUCUAUCAGCGGUCACCUCCGGCUCAGCUUGACAUAUGCUCCAAAUCCUGCUCUUCUCCCAACGCUCGCAAGUCCCCUUCUGAGCGGCACAAUGAACAUCCCCUAAGAUCCGAGAGUCAAGGAGGCACAGAUACCAAGGAAUCCCAAGAGGAUGAAGAGAUGUGGGAAGACCUUUAUCAACCCGACAUGUACAUAAAAUAAAAACCUCACGAUACAGGAGACAGCAUUGGGACAAGGAAUGCAUCGUUCCGUUACAGACGAUCAUCUCGCAGUGAGGAGGCUGGCUUUGACGUCCGUUUGCAAAAUUCGCAUUGAGCUUCACGUGCCUGCCUUCGAGCGCUGCCCGCCUCGAUAUCCAACGUGCGCAUAAC